GUGUUGUGUUUCACUUCUCUUUGAAAAGCCUGAGACACAGUUGGACUAACUCUGAAGUCAGGAGCUUGAAGCCUCAGCAUGAUGAGCCGUCCACAGAAAUACGUAGAAGGUGAAGCUCUUCACUCUCAACGUGAAAAAUCAAACAAUGCAUUAAAGUUCAGAGUGGCCGUGCUGGUUGUCUGUGUUCUCCUGGUAUCGGCUCUCGUGGUAAUUUAUCUCUUGUUUGAGCUUUUGAAAACCAGGGAAAUGCUCAGAAACCUUGAGCUAAAGCAGGUAACUGUAAAAACUGAUGUCACAGAGAGACUGCCUGGAAUCAAACCAUGCAGUACAGUGCAGCCCACGUGUCCAGAGCCUAAAGUAAAAAUUAUAACGGAACCGUGCAACACAUUACCAACUACAACCCCACAACCUACUGAAAUAAACAUGCUAACACAAUCAUACAGCACGAUACCGCCUACAACCCCACAACCUCCUGAUAUAACUACGAAUGAUCCAUGUUAUAAAUGUGAAGAUGGCUGGAAGCAACAUGGAGAAAAGUGCUAUUUUUUAUCCACAAGCAAAUCAUCCUGGAAUGAGAGCAGCACUGAGUGUAUCACUAAAGGAGGAGACCUGGUUAAGAUAGACAGCAAAGAGGAGCAGAGUUUCUUGAGGAUAGCUAUUCAACAAAAAAUCGAGAGCAAUGACGACCUUUUCUGGAUCGGACUGACAGACUCAGCAGUAGAGGGCAGAUGGUUGUGGGUGGACGGCUCACCGCUGAAUGAAAGUUUGACAUUUUGGUUCUUUCAUGAGCCAGAUGAUUGGACUGGAGAAGAUCCUGAUGGAGAGGACUGUGCGAAGAUGGGGCAAACGUAUUGGUUUGAUUUUUCCUGCAAAGCAAAUCAUAGAAGUAUUUGUGAAAAACCAGCUUUGGCUCUGUGCGUCUAAAUUUAAUUCAGGAAGUAGAGGUGGGAGUAGAGGACACAAUGAGGCUGUUUUUCAAAAGCUAAUGCUACAAACUUUUAAAGCUUCCUUUCAUGAAAAGAUAUAUAUACGAUUUAAAAUGAAAUAAAUGUUAAUGAUUAGUUUGUUCCUGAUUUUUUUAAU